GGAUUUGCUCGUGGUGGCACAGAGGGACGCAGGAGCAGCGCUGCAGAGCCGUGCGCGCCUCUGCGCCCCGACUUUCUGCCGCGGCCCGACAAGAGGGACUCCGAGCGGGAGGCGGCGGCCCGGAGGCCCCGCUCCUCGGAGGGUCUCUCCCUCCCAGGCCCCCAGCUGCGCCGCGACUACCGCUUCCAGCGCGUCUGGUUCUGGGGCCGCAUCCAGGGCCUCCGCGGCGCCUAUUACAUCGCGGAGGGGCUGGGCGCCGACCUCGCCGCGCCCCGCAGCCGCCUCUACAGCUUGAACUGCGUCGAGUGGAACCUCCUGCCGCCCGCGAGCGGGGAAAUGGUGGCGCGGGCCGAGGCGCUCACGGGCCGCUUCCAGGGGGACCCCUCCUUUGAGUAUGAGCUCACUGAGGCCAAGGUGGAAGAUGAGGAAAAGUCACCCGAGGACAGGCAGGAGCUCGUGAUCAAGGAAGAGAUCCGCCUUGUAGCUACCAUAGAACAGAUAGAUAAAGCAGUUGGUAUCAUCCCCCGGGGUUCGUUUGUGAAGACUCCCCUGGGGCCUGUGCAUGAAAACAGAAACUUUGAAGGUCUUUCUUUGACGGAGGCAAAAAAGUUAAGUUCCUAUUUUCAUUUGGCUGAGCCUGUUAACCUGAAGAAUAAAACACUCCUGGAAAAGGCUGACCUAGACCCAUCUACGGACUUUCUGGACUCUCUGGAGCAUGAUAUUCCAAAAGGCUCCUGGGGUGUCCAGCUGGAAAAGGGAGGUAUGGUGGUGGUGCUGAGGAGCCUGCUGUGGCUGGGAUUGACCUUCUACCAUGUCCCAAUGACCAAGCAAUAUGGCUACGUCUACUUUGGCACCGGUGAGAAGAACUUAGAUCUGCCCUUCAUGCUGUGACCCUGCUGCCUGGGCUGACAACUCGAGAGUGUUUAGAUGUUAUCCCUUGAAAUGUGUUUAUUGCUUAUUGUAUUAAAUAUAUGAAACCUCUGCACUUUGGACAGGAUUUUUUUUUUGUCUGGACUCUGGCCCUGAUUGUUUCCUAGGACUUUGGUGUGUGCAAUCCUCCCUCAGCUCCACAGUGAAUUCCCUGUAACGUGUCACUGAGAUCCUUUAGAUAGCAAUGACAUUUCUUCCAGGAAGGGCAGAGCCUUAGGUCAGAGAUCAAACCUAGGUCAUGUGUCUGAAAGCACAGAGCCUAUGCUUACAGAAAAACUCAU